AAAAUUGCUCGUUCAUUUCUCCGAGAGUCCAAUUUUGUGGAGUUCAAAUAACAAGGUGAAGAUUUGAGGAUUAAUUCCAACAAUGAUAGUUUCAUUGAGCAGCGCAAUCUUUUCUCCACAGCAACAAUUAAUUGUUGUACCCACAUCUCCACUCCCAAUUUUCAGCUGCCGUCUCAAUUACAAGACAAAAAAUGGGUUCUUGAAUAGUACGGACCAUUUUUCGGCUAUUCGUUUCUCGAAUGAGUUUUCGAGUAGAAGGGCUGCUUCCUCUGUGGCGAAUUACGAAGCGAUGUUGGAUGACCUCAAUGAUGAUGUAAGCGACGAGAGCGAUUACGAAGACGACGAUGAAGAAGACGAAGAAGAGAGUGACUCGGAUUACGAGAGUGAUUGGGAAUCCAAAGGGGAAAAUAAAGCUCUUAGUACUACUAGUCGUGGUGAUGAUGCGUUAUCCGUACAAAAGUUCAAGGAAGAUCUUGUUAGAGAGGUUGAACGAAUGUUGGAACCGGAAGAAAGGGCGAUUCUUGAACGUAACGAAGCUCCUAAUCUGGAGAAAUUAACAACCGAAAAAUGGAAGCCUCUACAUACUUUUGCACUAGCAGGACAGAUAAAAUUCAUGGACGCGAUGCUCGAAAAAGGGUAUGACAUUAAUCUCGUCGAUAAGGAUGGAUUGACGGCACUUCAUAUAGCGGUUAUUGGUAAAAGAGAGGCUGUGAUUAGUCAUCUCUUAAGAAAAGGAGCUAAUCCUGAAGUAAAGGAUCAGGAUGGUGCUACCCCACUUCAUUACGCUGCUCAAGUCGGAGCCAUACAGUCGGUUAAAUUGUUGAUAAAAUAUAAGGUUGACGUGAACGUUGCCGAUAACGAAGGAUGGACACCGUUGCAUGUUGCCAUGCAAACAAGAAACAGAGACAUAGUGAAGAUUUUGGUAGUCAACGGGGCCGACAGAACGAGGGCGAAUAAGGAUGGGAAAACAGCAGUUGAUCUAAGCAUGUGUUAUGGAAAAGAAUUCAAAUCAUAUGAUCUUGCUAAGUUGCUUAAGCAAGUUCCAUCCACUAGAGGCUUUUGAAGGCCUUUUUUUUUAAUGUCAAUAAUAUUAAUUAAAUACUUUGUUUGUAAAGAAUAUUGGUAUAUUUGUUUGUACCUUUUGUAUUUAAAUGCAGGUUUCUCAAUAUCUAAAUUGGUAUACAUUUUGGCUCA